AUGUCGUUCCCCAAGUACAAACCGUCGCGCCUGGCCACCCUACCCAGUACCCUCGACCUAGCCGAAUACGACAUAUCUCCGGAGACCCGGCGGGCUCAAGCCGAGCGCCUGGCUAUAAGGUCCCGGCUUAAACAGGAGUAUCUGCUUCAGUUUAACGACCCCAAACGCCGAACGCUCAUUGAUAGGAAAGAAAAACUUAUCCAGGAAGGAAAAUUGGAUCGAACAUUUAAUCUCUCAUAUUAA